UGCAGGUCCUGACCUGCAGCCUCUCAGCCGAGCAGAGACGAGGGGACAUGGAGCGAGGUCAGCAGCGCGACAUAGCGCCCACCUACCUGGGCUGGUCCAUCUUCAACACACUGUGCUGCUGCCUGCCGCUGGGCAUCGCCGCCAUCAUCUACUCCGUCAAGGCGGACAGUGCGAACACUCACGGGGACGGAGCUCGGGCCCUGGAGGCAUCACGGACGGCCCGGACCUUAAACGUCAUCGCUCUGGUGUGUGGAAUCAUCCUGCUCAUCAUCUUCAUCGUUCUCAAGACUCAGCAGAAGGAGCAGUGAUGCUCCUGCUCCACAUCUUCACAGUGUGACUCUCUGUCUCUCAGAGCAGAGAAACUGUUAAACUGAUCUGAUUCCAUUGUCUGAAACAUGUCUCUGUCUG